AUGAGCAUCGCCAACAAAAAUGAUCAGUUAGUCAACAAAAACUGGACUGAUAAUACUUUGUUGUUGCAAAAGCUCAUUUCAGAGCCAAUCAAGUGGAGGAAGACGGUAUGAAGACUGCCGCGUCUUCAGCAGACAAGAAUCACCAUCAUCUGCCAGAUGUAAGUCUGUCAACGAAGAACUGAUAAUAUUGAAAGGUUUAGGAAAAAUGGACACCUUAUCUUUUCUUUUGUAUCUCUUCAAUUGCGCUAGCUUCAUUCCAAGACGGGUUUCAAAUCGGAUGUAUAAAUGCUCCGGGUCCUUUGAUCAUUGAAUGGAUCAAACAGUCACACUUCGACCUCUUCGGGGAGACUCUUUCAAAGUACAAGGCUGAUUUCAUCUGGUAACCAACACUCUCUGUUUAUCACGUCACAAAACCAGUCUUCCAGGUCUGUCGCCGUUUCCAUGUUUUCCGUCGGAGGAAUGUUCGGAAGUCUUUCAUCCGGAUUUCUGGCUGACAGGGUAUGCAUUUGAAUCUUUUCACGGUCUCGGAUCACACGUUUCCAUUCCAGAUAGGUCGUAAACGUACUCUAUUCCACAAUAACAUACUUGCUCUGCUGGCUGCCACGUGUCUUUCCGCUGCCAAAUUCGUCAACUUCUACCCGAUGAUCGUCCUCGGCCGGUUUCUGGUCGGACUGAACUGCGGAAUCACUUCCGGACUCGUCCCGAUGUAUUUGACCGAACUGGCACCGGCGAACCUUCGCGGAAAGAGCGGCUCGUUCCAUCAGCUGAACAUUUCCGUCGCCAUCGUACUCUCACAAGCUCUCGGACUUCCGUUUAUCUUCGGAUCACCGGAAGGCUGGCCAUGGAUCUUUUCGUGCGUGGCAAUUCCGACCUUCCUACAGCUGAGCACAAUUCCGUUCUGUGCAGAAUCCCCCAAAUACCUCAUUUCCAAACUGAACGAUCGGGAAGGGGCACGACAGGCUCUCAUCAAACUCAGAAACCACGACAAAGUGGAGGAGGAACUGGAGCACAUGGUGCAAGAGGCGAUGGAAGCGGCCGAGACCCACGAGCCGGGCUAUCUGACUCUUUUCAAGGGCGAGAAUCAGUGGCCGAUGAUUGUUUCGAUACUCAUGAUGUUCAGUCAACAGUUCUCAGGUGAGACUAAUCAGAAUCGGUGAGAUCAGAAAGAAAGAAAGAAAGAUCAAUUGGUUUAGGAAUCAGUGCGGUCACCUUCUACUCGACCCUCAUCUUCAAACGGAACGGACUCUCCGGCAAUGAUCCGCUGUACGCAACCCUCGGAUUCGGAUGCGUUAAACUGGUGGCCACUGUCUUCUGUCUCUUCCUCAUUGACCAUCCGAAGUUCGGCAGGAAACGGCUGCACAUUGGCGGACUCUCUGGAAUGUGCAUUUCUUCCAUUCUCAUCGUCAUCACUCUCACUCUCUCCAAUGCCGGUUACCAGUGGGCUAGCUACAUCAACAUCCUUUUCAUCCUUUCGUUCGUCGUCGCGUUUGCCUUCGGACCCGGCCCGAUUCCAUGGUUCUUCACUUCGGAACUCUUCGAUUCGGCGUCUCGUGGACGGGCGGCGGCGGUCUCCGCGAGCAGUAACUGGAUCGCCAACUGGCUCGUCGGACUCACUUUCCUUCCAAUCAACGUAAGUUGUCUGGAUGACCGGAGGAUCAAUAAACUCUCGAUCUGUUCAGAAUGUGAUUCAUCAGUUUGCAUUCUUCAUGUUCACAUUCUUCACUUUCAUCUUUAUCAUUUUCACCUGGAAAUUCGUCCCGGAAACAAAAGGGAAGAGCCCGACGGCAAUACGAAAAGAGCUGACAGUCAUGAGAAAACGAGUGUGCUAG